AUGGUGGUUUGUGUGGUCGACGAUGAGUUGGCGCCGAGAAUGAAACCGAAUGCGGCUGGUGAACCCAGCAAGUUCAGUUAUAUCUAUGGUAACAUUCCGGUAGCUGAACCAUAAUGAUCAUGACUUCCAGGACCACCGUUCUUCUCCUCAGCUCUUUCAUUCAUCCCAGUGCAAAUCUGUGCAUGUUUUCAUGCUUUCUUAUACUUCCGAAGGUACCCAUCUGUGGUGGAAAAGCUGAAAUUUGUGCCUGGACUAGAAGCAAAAUGUAUGUUUAAUUGAACCACGAGUAGUUUUCAAUGUGAUUCAUGAACUUUCAGUACGCCGUGCACAACUCGACAAAGAACUCGGAAUACCGCCACUGGAGAGCUUCAGAAGGGGAUCUCUCGCCUCGUACCUUCCGAUUCCCAAUUUCUCGCAAGGAUCUCGCAGGAACUCGCGGAGAUCCAGCCAAGCUUCGUUUUCUAACCCGAGCUUGCUUUUUAUGCAAGAAGUUUGA